CUGGCUUUUGUGCGCUGGCCACCGGUCGUGCUCACUACCCUUAGCUCGCUUUCUCCUGAUUCUUCUGUGUGUCUUCCAAACCCUGACGCACCAGUUCCCUAGUCUUAUCUUACUCGCUCUUUUCCUCUCUCCGUUCUUCGCAGCUCAGCAUGCAGGGAAAAGACGCCUCCCCGCAAGGUUUCCUGCCUAGGUUCCAACAUUUCGCCACGCAGGCCAUCCAUUCGGGCCAGGAACCAGAGCAAUGGACCUCCCGGGCUCUAGUGCCCCCCAUCUCAUUGGCCACCACGUUCAAGCAAGAGGCUCCUGGCCAGCACUUGGGUUUUGACUACAGCCGCUCUGGGAACCCAACCAGGAAUUGCUUGGAAAAAGCAGUGGCGACACUGGAUGGGGCUAAGUACAGUUUGGCCUUUGCUUCAGGUUUAGCAGCCACUGUGACUAUCACGCAUCUCUUAAAAGCAGGAGACCACAUUAUUUGUAUGGAUGAUGGGUAUGGAGGUACAAACAGGUACUUCAUGGAGGUGGCAUCUGAAUUUGGAUUAAAGAUUUCUUUUGUUGAUUGUUCCAAAAUCAAAUUGCUAGAAGCAGCUAUUACACCAGAAACCAAGCUUGUUUGGGUUGAAACCCCCACAAACCCUGUUUUGAAGAUGGUUGACAUUGAAGCCUGUGCACAUACUGUGCACAAAUAUGGAGACAUUAUUUUGGUCGUGGAUAAUACUUUUAUGUCAGCGUAUUUCCAGCGGCCUUUGGCUCUGGGAGCUGAUAUUUGCAUGUAUUCAGCAACAAAAUAUAUGAACGGUCACAGUGAUGUUGUAAUGGGCCUAGUGUCUCUUAAUUCUGAGAGCCUCCAUAGUAAGCUCCGUUUCUUACAAAAUUCUCUUGGAGCAGUUCCAUCUCCUGUUGACUGUUACCUCUGCAAUCGAGGUCUGAAAACUCUGCAAAUCCGAAUGGAAAAGCAUUUCGAAAAUGGAAUGGCAGUUGCUCAGUUUCUGGAAUCUAAUCCCCUCGUAGAAAAGGUUGUUUAUCCUGGGCUGCCCUCUCAUCCUCAGCAUGAGCUGGCAAAGCGUCAGUGCACAGGCUGCCCCGGCAUGGUCACUUUCUAUAUUAAGGGCACUCUGCAGCAUGCUGAGACUUUCUUCAAGAACCUAAAGGUAUUUACUCUGGCUGAGAGCUUGGGAGGAUUCGAAAGUCUUGCUGAGCUUCCGGCAAUCAUGACCCACGCAUCGGUGCCUAAGAGCAACAGAGAUGCCCUUGGAAUUAGUGACACACUGAUUCGUCUGUCUGUGGGCUUAGAGGAUAAAAAAGACCUACUGGACGAUCUGGAUCAGGCUUUGAAGGCAGCACACUCUCCAAAUGCAAGUCGUGGCUAGCAUCCCAGAACUGCUAUUAGAAGUUGCUUCCUGAGAAGAUCAAACCUUCUGAAUAAUUGAAUGGACCAUGAACGAGCCUUUGCAGAAUUUUCAAGUGAAUAUUUUUUUUAUUUUUUAAAGAUUUUAUUUUUUUCCUUUUUCUUCCCAAAGCCCCCCGGUACAUAGUUGUAUAUUCUUCGUUGUGGGUCCUUCUAGUUGUGGCAUGUGGGACGCUGCCUCA